UUGGAAGCAACCUAGCUGUGAGGCGUUCACGCGAAGCCGUGGCCUCGAACCGAAGACAGAAAAACACCGCAGAAGAUGAAAUCGCCGAAAAGGGGCCCAAAAAUAUCCCCGAGGAAACGUGUUGCUUCUAUGGCGUUGGAUUGCCGUGGUACCUUACUGAACCGACGCUGUCUUUUACCGAGAGAAACGCCGAGGCGAGGUGGGACAAUCGCGAGGAAUGAAGCAUGGAGUACGCUACGACAGCGUGAGCUGGCGGGAUAUAAAUUGCACAAGCAGGCCGCUUUACGUGCUUGAUCUAUAUUGAUCCAUUAUCUCGCUUUCUUGGUAGCACCAGCCUUGCUUUGAUGUCCAAAAUGCCCGACCAAGACUUGGUUCGCAUCGACUACGAAGGCCACUUUGCCAUCAUCACGCUCAACAAUCCAAAAAAAUUCAAUUCUCUGACACAGAGCUCUUACUACCGUCUGGCGAGUCUAAUGAGAGAAGCCGAUGCGAACAAGGAUGUCUAUGUCACUCUGUUGAUAGGUGAAGGGCCCUUUUUCUCCGCAGGAGCCGAUCUCAAGUCUAGCGCCCCUUCGAUGGACGAGAUGCUGUCCCGCCCCUAUUGGCUUCCUAAGCUGGUGAACAACAACAUGGACGUUGCAAGAGCCUUCUACAGCCACUCCAAGAUCCUAGUGACCGCGUUGAAUGGGCCGGUAAUCGGUCUCUCAGCCUCGCUUAUCGCCCAUUCCGACUUCAUCUACUCAGUGUCUGACGCAUACCUCUUGACCCCGUUCAGCUCUUUGGGCCUUGUUGCGGAGGGGGGCUCCAGUGUUGCCUUCACGCACCGAAUGGGUCCUGGAAAGGCCAACGAGGCACUGAUCCUGGGCCGAAAGAUCCCCGUCAACGAGCUUGUCCAAGUCGGUUUUGUCAACCAUGUCUUCGCGGAUAAGAACAAUUUCCGAACUCAAGUGUUGGACUAUCUGCGUCAGGCGUUCGGGCCCCAGUUGGUGGGCUCCAGUCUGCUGGGAACCAAGGCCCUGAUGCGUCGCCGGAUCGUCCGGGAGCAAGACGAAGUGGCUCCGUUGGAGACUUUCCAGGGCCUUGACCGAUUCUGCGAAGGGAUCCCACAGGAAGAGAUGGCCAAAGUCAUCGCUGGAGGCAAGAAAUCCCGCCUUUGAUUACGAGGCUAUCGGUACUGCGUUUAUUUUUACGCUGGGUCAGGGCCCCAGUACCUGAAUUGAAU